CAGAAAUUAAUUUGUAGUCUUCGAUCGACGGUUCCUCGGCGUGUUCACGAUGAAGUUUGUAGUAGCAUUUACGGUUUUUGCGUUGAUUAGUGCCGCCUGUACUGAACGGGUAUCUUAUCGCAAUUUUAAGGUAUAUCAAACCCAGAAUGUCACUCGCGAACAAAGAGAACAACUGAAACGAUUGGAAGAUCUGGAAGGUGUGGAUUUCUGGGAUCGUGCUGGCAACCGUAUCAUGAUCCAUCCUCGAUUACAGCGUAGAUUCGAACUAUUCCUGAAGGUUCACAAUAUUCCCCAUCAACUGAUCAUCGAGGAUGUUGAGGCAACCGUUGAAGCUGAGCGCAAAUAUGAUCAAGAAUAUCGAAAAGCUCGUGCCAGUUCAGGUCGAAGCACAACUAGUUUCGAUAAUUUCUGGACACUAGAUGAGAUUUACGCUUAUUUGGAUGAACUGGCGGCCGAUUAUCCCAAUUUAGUCACAGUGGAAACCAUAUGUGAAACUUACGAAAAACGCAGCAUUAAAGCAAUUACCAUUUCAACAUCUGAUGGACAGGUCAGUGGAACCAAGCCAGUUGUUUUCAUAGACGGUGGAAUCCAUGCACGAGAAUGGGCAGCAAUUAUGUCAGUUGUAUAUUUGAUUCAUGAAUUAGCUGAGCACAGCACGGAUUACUCUGACAUGUUGGCCAAUGAUUGGGUCAUCAUACCAGUGGCCAAUCCCGACGGAUACGUACACUCGCAUACAUCAUCUCGAAUGUGGCGUAAAAAUCGGUUCCCUGUUUCAAUUUUGUGCACUGGUGUUGACCUAAACCGGAACUGGGACUACCAAUGGGCUUCCAGUAGUAAUGGCUGCUCGGACACCUACUCAGGAGCCUCUGCACAUUCGGAACUCGAAACACAAGCAUUGGUUGGCUUGAUGAAGCGGUAUGAAGCUAAUCUAAAGCUGUACUUGACCGUCCACACCUACGGAGACUUAAUUCUGUACCCAUUCGGGUAUGCUUCACCGGCCGUGUUGGUUCCGAAUGCGGAGGAACACGACUCGAUCGGAACAAAAGCUGCAGCGGCUGUGUCAGCUGUCGGAGGACCUACUUACAAAGUUGGAAAUAGUGCUGCCGUGUUGUACACUGCUUUCGGAACCAGUGACGAUUAUGCAGUUGGUACUGCCGGAUUCACUUAUUCCUUCACCCUGGAACUUACCGGUGGUGGAAACCAAGGUUUUGAUUUACCUGCUACGGAAAUUACUGCAGUUGCUAGUCAAACUUUUGAGAUCUUCCGAUCGAUGGCUAACAAUAUCUAGACAAAUAUAUAUUAUUCAGUAUAACAACCGCGAUUUGUGAUAUAAACACGACCGUGAAAGGGGUUUUAACAAACAAACUGAAGCACUCCAAGAAA